AUGUCCCUGCUACUGCUCUUGGCCAUGCUGUGUGUUGGGUCACAGGCUCUAAAAGAUGGUUAUCAGCUCCAAGUGCAGCCGUUAGUGCGGGCGCAGGAGGGACUCUGCGUGUUUGUAUCCUGCAAUUUCAACUACCCCAAGGAAGGCUGGUACACCACUUAUGGCUACUGGUACCGACAAUACAAGCAAUACGGCAUAACAAAUAUUGAGCUUGUGGCCAGCAAUGACGGGAAGAAACUUGUUUCAUUAAGCACCCAGCAGCGCUUCCAGAUUUCUAAAAACCUCGAAAAUGGAAACUGCUCCCUGUUCAUCACAGAUGUCCAGAAAAGAGACAAGGGACUGUAUUACUUUCAGGUGGAGAGAGGUCAAUCCGUGAAAUACAGUUACUAUGAGUCAAUGGUCUCCUUGGAAGUGACAGAUCUAACCCAGCCAGAUGUCUACAUCCUGGAGCCCCUGUGGCCGAACCGUUGGGGGACCGUCAUCUGUGUGUUCAGUGCCACCUUCGACAUGUGUCCAACCCCCUCUUUCUCUUGGAAGGGGCCAGUUCUAUCCACCAGUCGGUCCCAAGUCAACACCCACCGAUCUUCAGUGCUCAAGAUCGCACCCCGGCGCCAGGACCAGGGCACCUCCCUCACCUGCAGCGUGAGGUUUGGCCCACAAGGCCGUAUUUUCCAGAAAACCGUGUGGCUUGAUGUGGGUUACUGUGGGCUCCCACGUUCCUCUCCUAAGCUGACCUUCUUGCUUCCAGACGCCCCCAAAGACCUCGUUAUCCGUGUUUCUCAGGUUAAAGGUGCAGCUCCACAGUCCCAAGGAGGGGACGCCCCAUCCUUCAGCCUUCAAACCCAGCAAGGAAGUUUCCUGCAGCUGCGCUGUGAGGCCUCCAGUCACCCUCCUGCCUCUCUGAGCUGGUCCCUGGGGGAACGAGUCCUCUCGUGCUCCAACCCCAAGGAACCUCAGUCCCUGGCGCUGGAGCUGCCCUCAGUGCAGGCGGGAGAUGCGGGUAGCUACACCUGCGGGGCUGAGAAUACUCUGGGCCAGAGGAUGCGUGUGGUCCACCUGGAGGUGCAGUAUGCUCCUGAGGACCUGAGUGUGACGGUCUCCAUAGAAAAUGGUACAGUCCUGCAAACCCUCCAGAAAGCCAACACACUCAAAGUGCUCCAGGGCCAAAGUCUGCAGCUGCGCUGUGUCGCUCGUAGCAGCCCCCCAGCCACUCUGAGUUGGACCCGGGGCCCCCUCCCACAGAGCCCAGUGCUGCCCAGCGAGCUUGGGCUCCUGCUUCUUCCCCGGAUGCAGCCAGACCAGGAAGGAGAAUUCACCUGCCAGGCCCACAACAAGCUGGGCUCCCAGCAAGUAUCGGUGACCAUCCGUGUAUACUCACAACCCCAGCUGCUGGACCUCCACUGCUCCUGGGAGACCUCGGCUCUGCACUGCAGCUGCUUGGCCCGUGGGCGGCCUGUCCCUGCCCUGCGCUGGUGGCUGGGAUCCGAGCUGCUGCCAGAAAACAGCAGCAAAGCCUCUGUCCAACUCAGCACCCAGGGACUCUGGGUCAACAGCUCCCUGAGGAUCCUAUGGGAACUUGACACUGGCCUCACCCUCAGCUGCCAGGCCUGGAACUUGCAUGGGGCACAGAAUAGUUCAGUCCUGCUGCUGCCAGAUGAGAAAGGGACUCUCAGAGGUGCUUUUUCCAACAAAGUCCUGGUGGGCACUGGCAUUGCAGGGUUCCUGAGUCUCUGUGUUAUCCUAAUUCUGAAGAAUCCAAAGCAGAAGCAGAAGUCCCAGGAGGAGCACUGUGCUGGGAAACAUGCAGAAGCCACUCCACCACAAGAGGCCAGCCAGGACCAGGAGAUUCAGUACUCACAGCUUUACUUCCCUGGCCGCAGGCCCCAGGUGCUCCAGGCACCCAACGACAGCCAUGAGGAAUAUGUGGAAAUGAGGUUCUGCUGA